AUGGAAAGAAACACCCAGCUGAUGAGGGUGAUCCAGGAGAUGCGUUCUGAGAUGCAGAAGCUAGAAAGGGAAAAUAAGGCACUCCGAGUGGAACUGGACUUCACCAGCCAAAGGACUUCUGGCUGGGAAAAUAAACUGCAAGAAAACAGAGAAGAGGGAGCAAAAAAAAGAAAUGUUCCAGGAGAAAAGUCCAUCUCUGCACCCAUAGCCAUUCACAGGACCGUCUCAGCCGAUUCCACACUGGCCCUGAAGGAGUCAAAAGGUAAUAUCAUGACCGUCAGACGCUACACCAUUUCCUCAUCUGUUCAUUCUUUUGAGGCCAAUGAAAACUGUAAAUCCGGAAAAAGACAUCUGAGCAGCCGAAUUCUAGAUGCCCAGGGAAUAAUGAAAUCACCAGCCCGCUCUCCAGUUACCAAGCCAGCCACCAAAGAUGGAGAAGGGUUUGUAGCUAAUUGUUUUACCAGCAACUCUUCUGACAAAAGGACUUUUCAAGACCACGUUUUUAAAUGCAGGGGCAAGAUAAAAGCAGUGAGUUUCCUUUUACCCAUGGAGAUGUCGUCAUAUUCCAAAGACCCGGAUUCUUUGAAAUGCACACAAAAUCAGAACCCAAAGCAGCUGAGCACCAUUAUGGAAAAAGACAUGUGA